GGGCAAGUGACCCUAUCCACAACGCACUGCAUGAUAGUGGACCUUACUCAUUAUUCAAUAUGCCCAUGCAUAUUGAACUAUUUCUGUAAUUGGGGAAACUGAUAGUCGUGGGAACGUUCUCAGGGUGGUUGUCUGAUGAAAACUGAACAGCCAGGGUUUCUCGAAGCGACUUCGGAAGAAUGCGUGAACCUGAUUGGUUAGUUGGUCAGCUUGACAACCAGAGGCUGGGUGGUAACUGUCUGUGGAAGAAGACAACAGAAGAGAAAACAAUCAAGAUUACGCAGUUUUACAACAAAAACAUUGCGACAGUGCGACAGUAAAUCCCAUAGACUGCCUAUUGAAUUCAUGCAUACGUAGAGACAAGCCGCUGGACACCAUGACUGCCGAGGAGAUCAUAAAUGUGAAGGAAGUCGAGAUCAUCAAAGUGAUCUUGGACUUCCUAAACUCCAGAAAACUCCACAUCAGUAUGCUAGCCCUAGAAAAAGAGAGUGGCGUCAUCAACGGCCUCUAUUCUGACGACAUGCUCUUUUUAAGACAACUCAUCUUGGAUGGGCAAUGGGAUGAAGUCCUGCAAUUCAUUCAGCCCCUGGAGGGCAUGGACAAGUUUGACAAGAAAAGAUUCCGCUACAUCGUCCUGAAGCAGAAGUUUCUGGAAGCGCUGUGUGUCAACAACGCCAUGUCUGCGGAGGACGAGCCCCAGCAUAUGGAGUAUACGAUGCAAGAGGCGGUGAAGUGCCUACACGCCCUGGAGGAGUUCUGCCCGUCUAAAGAGGACUACAGCAAGCUGUGUCUGCUGCUGACGCUGCCCCGCCUCACGCACCACGCCGAGUUCAAGGACUGGAACCCCAGCACGGCGCGCGUCCACUGUUUCGAGGAGGCCUGCGUCAUGGUGGCCGAGUUCAUCCCGGCCGACCGCAAGCUGAGCGAGGCAGGCUUCAAGGCCAGCGGCAACCGGCUCUUCCAGCUGCUCAUCAAGGGCGUGCUGUACGAGUGCUGCGUGGAGUUCUGCCAGAGCAAGGCCACGGGCGAGGAGAUCACCGAGGGCGAGGUGCUGCUGGGCAUCGACAUGCUCUGCGGCAACGGCUGCGACGACCUGGACCUGAGCCUGCUCAGCUGGAUGCAGAACCUAUCGGCUAGCGUCUUCUCCUGCGCCUUCGAGCAGAAGAUGCUGCAGAUCCACACCGACCGGCUGGUCAAGCCGGCCAAGACCGGCUACGCCGACCUGCUCACGCCGCUCAUCAGCAAGCUCUCGCCCUACCCAGCGUCGCCGCUCAGGCGGCCUCAGUCUGCCGACACCUACAUGUCGCGAUCGCUCAACCCGGCGCUGGACGGGCUGUCGCACGGGCUGGCCGGGCAGGACAAGCGGACCGGGGGGUCGGGAGGUGGUAGCGGUGGUGGUGGAGGAGGAGGAGGGGUAGGGGGAGGAAGGGGGAUUAUCUCACCCAUGUCGCACUCCUUCGCCAACUUUCAGUAUCCAGGCGGGCAGGGGUUGAGCCGUAGCCUGAUGAUGGAGAACUCAGAGUGCCACAGCAUCUUCGAGGAGUCUCCAGAGAGCUCCAGGACUGACACGCCCUCAGACAAGAUGAUGAACUCGGCGGGACCCCAGAAGCAGAGGCCAGUCUCAGCCCCAGGAGAGGACGCCCCGACACUGGAGAAGAACGAGCUGCGGAACUCCACGGAGCAGUUUGAGGAGUACUACCGCCAGCGCCUGCGUGUGCAGCAGCACCUGGAGCAGAAGCAGCAGCAGCGGCAGCUCUACCAGCAGAUGCUCCUGGAGGGAGGCGUGCAGCACCAGGAGAGCCCGCCCGCCGACAAGCACAACCUCACCGAGGCCUUCCUCAACAGGUCCAUCCAGAAGCUGGAGGAGCUCAACGUGGGCAUGGACGACCUGGGGGAGGACGUGCAGGCCCUGACCCAGCAGUGCAACGGCCAGGCGGAGAACGGCAGUACCAGCGUCGUCUCCGAUAUGUCCAGCUCCCUGGGGGACGUGGUGGUGUGCAGCACCCCGCAGAGGACGGCCAUGAGGCAGGGGGCUCCGCCCAUCAGCGAGUCCCCAGUCCGCUCCCCAAGUGUCCAGCGGGAUAAGUCAAAACCUGGCUCAGGACUGGAGGAUUCUGGUGGCACCAAAACCCCCUCCAAGGACCCAGAGGGUGAGAAGGCCAAAGCCACGUUUGUGGCCGUCAACACUCUGGAGGACACUCAGGCGGUGCGCGCUGUCGCCUUCCACCCCACGGGGGCGCUGUACGCCGUGGGCUCCAACUCCAAAACACUGCGUGUGUGUGCCUACCCAGACGCCCUGGACACAAGGGGGUCAGGAACACCCAAACCGCCGGCAGUCCGCUUCAAGAGGAACAAACACCACAAGGGCUCCAUCUACUGUGUGGCCUGGAGCCACUGUGGACAGCUGCUGGCCACUGGCUCCAACGACAAAUAUGUGAAAGUACUGCCCUUCAACGCAGAGACCUGCAACGCCACAGGCCCUGAUCUUGAGUUCAGCAUGCAUGACGGCACCAUUAGAGACCUGGCCUUCAUGGAGGGGCCGGAGAGUGGGGGGGCCAUCCUCAUCAGUGCCGGCGCUGGGGACUGCAACAUCUACACCACUGACUGCCAGAGAGGACAGGGCCUGCACGCGCUCAGUGGACACACAGGUACACACACCAACACACACACACAAACACAAACAGAGAGACUACACAGACUUAGGUUCCCAUAUUUGUGUAUCCUCCUCUCAGGUCACAUCCUGUCUCUGUACACCUGGGGAGGCUGGAUGAUUGCGUCCGGCUCCCAGGACAAGACCGUGCGGUUCUGGGACCUGCGGGUGCCCAGCUGUGUGAGGGUUGUGGGGACAGGCUUCCAUGGCUCAGGUAGCCCUGUAGCGUCCGUGGCCGUGGACCCCAGCGGGCGCCUUCUGGCGACGGGCCAGGAGGACAGCUCGUGUAUGCUGUACGACAUCCGCGGGGGGCGCAUGGUGCAGACGUACCAACCCCACGGCAGCGACGUGCGCUCUGUGCGCUUCUCCCCAGGAGCGCACUACCUGCUCACCGGCUCUUACGACACCAAGGUCAUGGUCACCGACCUGCAAGGAGACCUAACUAAGCCUCUGCCCGUGACUCUGGCGGGUGAGCACGGGGACAAGGUGAUCCAGUGCAGGUGGCACACACACGACCUGUCCUUCAUCUCCUCCUCCGCUGACCGCACAGUCACCCUGUGGGCGCAAAGCGCCUAGGAGGACAAGCAGCAGAGCCACCUUUAAGCACAGCACAACACAGCACAGAGCAGACUAGUACUUUUCCUCGCCACCAGGGGGAGACGUAAGCACGCCAAGACCAGAGCCGUAGAUAGGUCUCUAUACACGACUCUGGCCCAGACCUAAACACACUCCACAGCAGUGUCCCUCUUUCUCCUGGCAGAGGGUGUCAUGGGGAAUGAGUUCAUGUUUCAGUGUGCCACAGAGUGUGUGUGCAUCUGUGUGUGUGUUUCUGUGUAUACUGUGUGUGUGUGUGUGUGUGUGUGUGAGCGAGAGAGAGAGAAAAAGAGAGAGAGAGAGAGAGAGAGAGAGAGAGAGACGAUGAAAUGAGGAUGUGUACAGUAUUGUAGUUCCUGCACCUUUUGUGUUAAUUUAUUAUAUUAGUCUAUGUGCUCAUGAAAUGCUUCUAAAAAUGAUAUACCUUCUCUUGACCCAAUACCGUAUAUACUGGUAACAAGACUCAAGAUGUUUCCAGUCCAUGUGCAUACUAAAAAGGUGAAAGAGCUGUUCUGUCAGAAAAUGAAAAUCAUUCCUACUCUGUGUAGACUCCAGACUCUUUCCUGUGUAGUGUCUCAGAAUGAUGUGAUCCGCCACAUUCCAAUGUGCUCGGAAAAUAAUGAGCAUAAAGCAAGAAUAGAUGCUUUAGCUGAAAUGUUGCUCGGUUGGUGCCUUGUGAAUUAGGUUCCAGUUUUAUCCAUUUAAAAAGCUUUACUAAUGAUAGAAACACAGGUUAUGCCACCCUUCUGUGAAAGAUCUGUGUAUGUGUGUGUGUGUGUACAGGGGUUCCUGUGUGUCUGUACAGCAAGUCUAUCUUAUCUUAGAGCAGGCUGAGAAAUAUAAGGUGAAACUCCUGUAAACACUUCUCCAAGUUAUCUGUGCAAAAAGACUGCAAGCGCCUCAUCUCACCAAUUCCAUGUUCUUUGCAUAGUUGUAGUACAGAUAAUAAUAAUAAUUAUGAUAAAUUAAUGACAAAGCAUGAUGUGAAAAUUUCGGCAUUCCUUUCUGGUUCCAUAGUCCUUUACUGGAGCAUGCGUGUAGCUGCUAUUACAUGAAGAUCAAGUUUUAAGUGCUGCAGACAUUUGAUCCAUUAUGAGGCACUCAGUCGGGUAGAAGAACAAAGCAAGUUUCCCAGAUAGAUGCUGCUGACCGGAGCAGCCAGAUCAGAGCCAUAGCCAGGUGUCUCUCUAGGUGUUCUCUUAGUGUUGCUGAAGUAUUAUUUGGAUUUUGCAAACGGCCGCUCAAUGCUGUCUGAAACCUUUUGAUCUGUAAUUAGCAGUGUUCUGUAAUUAUUUGGUAACUAUAAAUUGAUGUUCUAUGGCAGCCAUCAUUGUGCCCGUUGACCUGGCUUGCUUGCGUUUGCAGUUCCACAGAAGUGCGUAUGCAGUGUGAACCUUGGGGUUUGGAUCAAAUAUUUGAAAAUUCAAAGGCUCAUAGGAUACAUGUUGUAGAACUGUAUAGUCUGUUUUAUCUCCUUAUAGUGUCAUACUGUAUAGUGGCAUUGACAAAAUGUAACUGAGGGUUGUGGUCUUCUCAAAAGGGAACAAUUUUGUCUGAGAAGCAUGUCAUUCUAACUAUUUUUUAAUAUUGAUUUUCAAAAAUGUAUUAGUGGCUUGAUGUUAUGUUAAUGUUGCACUUUUUCACAAGGAACUAAUAUUUUAAAAUGUAUAUUUAAGUUAAAUAUUUUUGCUUCAUGUACAGUCAUUUAUUUUAACAAAAUGAUUUACUAAUCAGUGAACUAAUUCAUAUUUAUUGUUUUAUUUUGAUGUAUAUUAUAAUUUCUUUUAGUUUCUUUAAGUAUCUUGUUAGCUUUUAUAUAAAUAUGGUGUAAAAAGCGACCAGUUCUGAAAAGUGUGACUGCUGCUGCAAUGUUGGAGUAAAGGCCUUUCUGUCACUCA